AUGGAGCCCGUCCCUGAGACAGAGAGAAUGGAGGAAUUCCGCUCCUCUCCUUUACCUACUCUGCGUCUGCAGCCAGCUGCCAUCAUUACGAAUGAUUCAGAUCCUGGUCGCAAGCCUUACAACUUUCGCAGAUCAACCGAGCCUCCGUCUCCAAGCUCGCCAUCUUGGACAACAGCAGCCUCUCUUCCGUAUCGACCUCGAACUACGUCCCCUUUGACUGGCACUCACGGCCGAUCCAAGUCAAUGGCCAGUCUCGCACCACCUACCAUCGGUCGUACACGAUCUAUGCCAGGUGUUGAUGGUUCGGGUCGUAUCAUUUACCCGCCGUUACUUCGUCCAGCCAGCCCCUUGAGUUCCCCCAACAGAAAUCGAAUGCCUCGAAAGCCGGUCGAUGAAGCAUAUCCAACUUCUCCAGUUCGAUCUUCUGUCUUGGACGGCGAGAGACAUCUCACCGACCUGGGCGGUUCCCCUAGUUCUAGUACCCCGAAUUUGGGCAAUCUAGCUCAUCGACGAACAUCUUCGCCCCUACGCCUUACGAGUUAUUCAUCAAGCACCCCUUCUCUUCCCGGAACCCCCUCGGCUACAGCAGGUUCGCCUUCAUUCCGACCUGAGAGCUUGUCGUAUGGUUACACUUUCCCUUCUUACUAUCCAUCAUCGUCAGUCCCCUCGACACCAACCUCUAUGAGAUCUCGCAGUCCCAGUAUUUCAAGUCUGGAAACUAUUCCUGAUUCUCCUGAUGCUGAAGAGGCUGCCUUGGAGGCCGAAAGAAUAUCUCAGUUAAAGGCUGCCGCGGACGCCGCCGAAGAGGGAGAGUCUGGAGAGGCAAAGGGCCGGGACGCGCCCGCGCGUGGAAGAACUAUGGGUCUUGGAUCAAGAGAUAAGCGCAAGCGCUGGAGUGUCUGCGGAGCCGAACGACGUGGUGAUCUUGACUUAGAGACGAUCUGGGAAGACUGA